CCCAGGGUAGGAGGUGCUGUUGUAGGGGAGAAAGGAGGCCGGUUGCUCUAUGUUGAGCCAUGGCUUUCCCAUUAGCAGGGUCCCCUUCCGUAGGGCCUGCAAAACCACAACGGAGCUCCUCUUCUGGGAACAGCUCUCUCACUUCUCUUGAAGCGGCCCCGGCUAUCGGCGGUUCAAGGUCAUCAAAGCCACAGAGAGCAAGCGGUUUUGCCCUCGAUGUGCUUUUGGAAGGGGAAUCCAGCGGAGCCCCGGGCCUCAGCAACAUCGCGAGCCAUAGUGGCAGCAGUGGCUUUUUUGCAGAGUCCAGUAAAGCUCGCUGGCCAAGCAGUGAAACCAAUGAUGGUCAACCAAUGGGACCUUUGGGAUUGCCUUCGGGAUCAAAGGAAGGCACGUUGGAGUACGAGUAUGAGUCAUCAAGGUCCAUGUCAAUGGCUGUGAAAAAGAUUCCUUCUAGAAGAGGGGGCAGGCGAACAUCGAGCGAUGGCAAGUCCAUGGAGCGCAGAAAAGCGUUCCCUGAAGAAGAUAGCAGUCGUGGGGAUUUUCGAGGUCACGAUGACGAAGACAGCAACCAGAAUCGGGACCGGAUACUAGGAUCUGCUGCCCCUUCUCCUGCAGCUGUGCCAGGGACAGAGAGUGGGGAAAGAGGAGGAGGAGAGCCUAAUUUUGGCUCUGCUGCCAAUCGUACGGGAGCGGAAGCAAGCACAGUAGCCCCUACAGCCCGGGGAGAGAGGGACAGCUUGGAAAUUGCUCAGGAAACGUCUUCGAUAAUGUCAGUAAGAGCGGAUGAGAAGGGAAAGGAUCCGAUCUUGGGGGGGGGUGGCCCGGGUGGGGAGGACGCAAUGGUGGCCUCGAAAUCUUGGGGCAAGGAUACCCGUCGAGGUUCGACCAGGGAUGCAAGGUUGUCCGAAGUCCAGCAGAAGGGGUUAUCGAGGGGAGGAAGGAUCUUGACGUCAGAUACCAGCCCGGUUGGUUUUGGAAUGGUAGGAGGAGCAGGAGAUACGGCUAAUCUUUUGAGGCCACCCGAGUUUGACUCUCUCGACUGGGGGCUGAUGGGGGUUGGCAACCUUGGCCUGAGACCUGGCAAUCCAAAGUCCCGGAGGCAGAGUCUCAAGUCCACCACGAAGCCGCCAGAGGACCGUGAUCAACAGACCUCUGGCUAUGGCGGCAGAGCUGACGCAGACAGUGGCAAGAUGGAGGCCGCAGUGCUAAGAGGAAAUACCGGGGGUCAAUUGUCGAUAGCGGGCUCCGUGAGACCUGGCUCAGACAAGGGGACAACACACGGUGUCUAUCCAACUGCUAGCGACACAUGGCAAGACGGUGCAGGGGCAAGCACAUCCAUCGCAGAGAACAAAAGUUCCCUCAGUACUUGGGGAAAUCCCUCCACUUCCACUUUGACGACAUUAUCAGAGAUGCCAUGGGAUGGCACCAGAAGAAGCAGCGACCUUUCCUUACCCUGGCCAAGGUUCUCCACUACAGGUACUAGGCAUAAAGAUCCCCUCGAAAGCGGUGAGCCCUCUUCCCCCUAUGGUGAUCCUGAAGACGGAGAUGUUGCUCAGCGUGGUAGAUCUUCUAGCGACACAAUACAUAUCAGCCAGUCAACUUUUCUGGACAGCACCCAAAGAGAAGGCCUCCCGGCGAUAGGGAGGCAAGGUGCAAAACUCGAGGAAGACACUUAUUGGAAGAAGGGCACGGAAACAGUCACAGGUGAAUCCAUGUCAGCCUUUACGGCGGCUACCUCAGCCGACGCGAGUGAUCUGGGUAGCACUUCCAUGAUUGGGGCAUCACGCAAUGCCGAGGAGCGGUCCAAAGAAUUGAACUCGCAACUCGGCAGGACAACGAAUGGUCGAAGGCGUUCGAGCUUGAGCUGGAAAGCGGAGGCAGGAGGAGAAGGAGGAGAAACACUUGCACGGAAGCAGGAGGAUGAAUGGGGAGAGAACUUUGAUGUUCUCACAAUGUUGCCGGAUGGAGCGCAGCCUGCCAUAGCGGACACUCAGGUGAAUAGAGGAGGUAGUGUGGAUGGGUCUACGACAAUAACGUCUUCGAUGAUGGGAAGGGAAAGCAAUAUGCUUGGAACCAAGGGGGUAGAGAAAGGACCCUUAGAAACUGAAGCCGCAGGACAAGAAGGAGAGGAAAGGGAGGAUGAGAGAGUGGGAGUAUCCAUCUCAUCGCCAUUGCAAUCACCAGAGUUUGGAGCAUAUAAGCCAUCUUUCCUGUCAUCUGCAGCGCAGCGGCGGCCUCCCAUGUCAGGUAGACGAGCGGUGGCAGGGGGUGUGGAGCUGGGACGGCGGAGAUCCUCUUCAGAUCCCGACGCAAUACUUCCAACUAAGAAAGGAGCAGAGGGGAACAGAGAUCAGGAGGGUGGAAAGCAGCAAGAGAGCACAGCACAUGUUCGUGAGUCUCCGCACGAGUCAGGAGGAAUGCCCGAAACUGCACGACGCACGCCGAGGAUGACCUCAACCAUCCGCAUGACAACAGUCGCGAGCGGUGUUUUCAGGACAAGGCCUCCUCUAAGAACCCGACAACGCACAGAGGGGAAAACAGGCCGGGAUCUAGAUGCCUUGCUCUUCGACGGAGAGUCCAUGUCAAGAUCGUCGUCUCCUGUAAGCCACCAGACUGAAACACCAAGCCCGCGGAUGGCCAGUGGCGUGUCGGUAGGAGAAAGCAGAUCGCCAGAAAGUAGUGGUGUUCCCAAGGCGAAUGACCUGAGGGAGAUCGAAGAAGGAACGUUUCCAAUUCUGCAUAACGACCAGGUAGGUGGAGGGCCUCCUGCUUCUCAGAGGAGGAUAAGUCGACUCUUGGUGGAUGACUUCAGCAACGACAUGGGAAGAAGAAAGAGCAAGGAGGAGCAAGGAGGAAUGGUGAGCAUAGAUGUGGGAAGGAGGCUUUCGUCUAGUAGCUCUCCUUUUGAAAAUCUUGGCAAGAACGAGGAGGCAAAACCCCCAGAGGGGAAAGAGGAGGAAGCAAGAGCGGUUGCUGAGAUGGAGAAGCACAGGAAAGAGAUGGCAGAGAUGAGGGACCGCCUACAGGAUGAAAUAGCCAGGCUGGAACACGAGUUGGCGAGAACGAAGUUGAAGAUGGAGGCACAAGUGCAAGAGAAAGAGGAGAUGCAUAAGCAGCAGGAGCGAAAGUGCGCGAUGGAUGCAGAGAUACAUGAGCGGGAGAUGCGUGAUCUUCGGGAGGAGCUGGAGAGGGUGAGGUUGGCCCAUACCAAGGAGGUACAGAACAGUGAAGACGCGGCCCGAGGGCACUCGUCCUUAGUCAAAGAACUUCAGGCAAUUAGGGAGCAGAAAGAGAAGUUGGAGGUGGAGAACAGAGCUUACCGGGCAGAGAUGGAAACAGACAGAAGGCAGAUAGAAGAGAUGACGAUUGAGAGAGGGAGGCUAGAAGGCGAAGUGGGAGGUAUGAGGUUGCAAUUAGAGCGGUUGAGAAAGGAGGCGGCCAUGGCGAGCGAUAUGGCUCAGAAGGCACAGACGGAGAGAAUUGAGGGAAUGCAGAGACAAUUUGAGAUGUAUGAAGGUCAGAUUGCAGAGCAGAGAGCUAACUACGAGAGCCAGAUUAAGAUGCUGCAAGAGAAACAAGGAUCCACCAUAGCGGGCAUGGAGCGGCGGCAUUCGGAGGAGACAAAGGCGCUGAAGGACACGCACGACGCUCUUGUUGCAAGCUUGCAAACUGGUCAUGCGCAGGAGUUGGAAGCGAAAGACAGAAUGUUGGCAGAGGAAAGAGAGUGCUUGGCAAAGUAUAAAGCAUACAUGGGGGGCUUCGCUGAGGUGAUGAAGAAGAUUGAAGAAGGCACUUUGGUUUUGCAGAAUAUGGGAAAGCAAGCGGCCGCUGAGCGGGAGGCUGCGAUGCGAGAGCAUGGGGAGUGGUUCCUUGGCCUUCAGCAGCUGCUUGCCGAGCGAGAGGCAAGCCUGAAGAGCCAAGAGGAGGAAGUGCAUACCACUCGCCAACAGCUAGAAGCCCUCAGGCUCUCUCUCAACCAAGUUGCACAGGAGCUGCAUGAGAUGCACGAGGAGGAGGCGGACAGGCUGCAGGCAGAGCAUGAAAGGUUGCAGUCAUUGCAGGAGUCACUGCAGAAAGAGAGGGAGAUGGCACUCAACGAUCUAGCAACAGCGAGGCAUGAUCUGGAGGAGAUCGUGGAAGCAAAGAGGAGAGAGAAGGAAGCAUUAACCAACGAGAUCAUCGAGGAGAGGAAGAAGAUGGCUGCCGACAGGAUGGAAGCCUUAGAGCUGAAGGAGGAGGCGAUGGUGGCGAAGGCUUGGAUUGAAGGCGUGACAAGGGAGCACCGUGCGGAGAUGAAGAACGAGAAGGAUGCCUUGGAGGGCGAGAAAUACCAGCUAAGUCUUGAGAGGGAAGGCAAUUUGGAGUUGUCCAAGACAUUAGAGGAGGAGCGUGCGCGCCUGUUGGCACAGAGAAAGGCGAUGGCUGCGGAAACUUCUCGAAUCCAGGUCAUGGCGGCUGAGGUAGAACAGCAGGCGGAAGCCUCCAAACACUUGCGUGAGCAAGGGGUGCUUGCAUGGAAACGGGCACAAGCGCUACACGAAGAUGCACUACAGAAAGCAAAAGUGUCGGAGAGGAACAGGAGGGACAUAGAGAGAGCCCGUAGAGAAUUGACAGACAUGAAGAAGGAGCAGGACAAAGAGAGGCUGGUCAUCGCAACAGAGAGGAAGCGGUUGAGCGAGGAGAGGAGAGAAGUGGAUCGUGAGAGAACGGACGUAGAGACAUGGAAGGCUAACGAAUCGGUGAACGAUCCUCCGGGGUUUGCCAUCAGGCGCAGCCGAGGAGCACUGCUGGCCAAGAAUGAGAGUUGUCGGUGGCUCGACUCGACGAGCAGCGAGAGUACAUCGUCUAUCACAGCAAGUCGGGGUCUUUCGAAACUGGAGGGAACCUCCUAUCGAAAGAGAAGGAAUAAGAGGAAGAGAAGAUGUCGAGGAGCUGAGAAGGAGAAGCCAACAAAGGAUUUGUUGAAGACACUCUUGGUAGAGAUACGGCGUCUUAACCCUGAAGUGUCACGGUGUCCUCGUGUAUGGACAAACGGUUGCUAUAGCUCACCCACCAUGGCAUGGGGUGGUGGCAAUCAUGGUCAUCGAGGUUGCCCAACCCCACGUCCCCCGAUAGGAAUCUCAAGAGGCUACUUAAAAACGCAAGCCGAAUUCUUGGACAAAGCCCGGACCAUGGCAGAAAUGUUUUCUCAAGCCGCUUCAUCAUCACCAUACUCUCCGACAAAUGGCAUUGCUAUGUUGUCACUUGCGCAAGCUGCCCAGGUUCUCAGAGACCACAAGCGCGAUGUCACGGAAACAACAACCGGGCAUAGCGGUAGAGGGCAAACAGUUGCACACACGUGUCCCAUGAGUGGUGGAGGCGACGAAGAACGGCAGGGACCCCAACCGUCUGGCCGAGACAAGAUGAUCUCAAUCAGUUGCCCCAAUUUUUGGUCACAGGGCAAUACAUCUGGCCUGUCCCUGAUUCAGCCGACCCAUAAUGGCCCCUCUUUCCCUCAUGCUGGGACGCUUGGCAUCGGACUUGGCGCUCUGUCCACCCCUAUGGGCUUGAGUUUCUCCUGAUGCAAGCCGAACUUGGGCAAGACGACCCAUAGGACGAACUUGCACAGCACUGGAGCAAACAGACAAGAUAGUUCGAUCAAAAGGCUGAAGAGGUUAUAUUGACAACUGUGUGCUGGGCCAUUUAUUAACAGCCCGGUCCACUCAGCAAGAGACCUGAUUUGAUGGUUCAGCAGCAAGCAUUCCAUCUCACUCAUAACCAAAGAAAUGUUAAUUUUAUGUAUUUUAUAACCGUUGAUCUACAAGACACGAAUACAAAAACAAAUCAUUAACAAAAUA